AUUUCAUCUCUUUCAGUUUCAUCCCAUUUUGCACCCUUUGCUCCACCAGAAUUCUCCUCCAUUGUCUACCUACUGGCUACAAAGGUAAGGGUCAUUUUUUUGUUCAUUAGAUGCUUAUAAUCAAUCUCUUUAUGUUUUUUAAAAUUUUUAGUAUUGUCACAUAUUUUUUUCUUGAAAUCCAACAACUUUUGCCCGAAUCUUGCCAUUUAAGGUCAUCCUCACCAUUCAUCUCCGAUCUACACCUUUGGAUGGUUGUCAUUUAAGGUGUAGUGAGAUAGUUGAAGCAUCAGCUUAAUAGACAUCCAUUUCAGUUCAAUUCUCAAUGUCUAAUACAAGAGGAUGCUACAGUUGUUACCAUUCCUAAUACUACAAUUGAUGUUGCCAUUCAAAGUUCUAACAGUCCUAAUGACACAGAGCUGGCACCCCAUCAGAGAAAGGGAUGAGGAAAGGCAAAACUAAUGAAAAUGCCAAUAGAUGGCAGUAAAAUCCCAUUGGUGCUUGAUGAUGGGGCAAUAUCCCGUAAAAUAUUGGGCAGGAAAUUAUAGUGCAAUUAAGGAGAAUCUUCCAAGUGCCCAUACUUCAUGGAGAUUCAUUCCACAAGAGCAUCAUAAUUUAUAUUGUAAUUAGUUUUGCGUAUGGCCCAUCCAUUAAAUGUUAAGUUUAAUU